UCCAGCUUUGUAUGUACAGUUGCCUGGCUGUGUCUGCAGUAAGGGCUGUGUGUGAGGAAACUCUCCUCCUCCUCCUCAAUAACAGAACUUUCUUCUGACACUAGAAAUAACUUCAGACUGAGCUCGGAUGAAGCAGCCUGCAGGAAGCAGACAAACAGGGGGCUGACAGCCCAGACUCCAACCUGCCACAGGGCUCGCUGCGUUGCCACAUUUACUGAAGCAGACACAGCUUUUAUAAACUUGUCCUGAGUGAAACAACACAACGCAUUCUCCGGGCGCUGAGAAUUGCACCCGUCCUGUCCACCAUGCUGCCGGCCAUCAUUAUAAUAACUGUGCUGGCUGUUGGAGUAUCUUCCCAGUAUCCUGAGCAGCCACAUGGCUGUUCUCAAGGCAGCUGCUAUCCUGCCACUGGGGAUCUUCUUGUGGGCCGGGAAGAUAAACUGAAGGCCACGUCAACCUGUGGAUUGCACAAAGCUCAGCCCUACUGUAUUGUGAGUCAUCUUCAGGAUGAGAAGAAGUGUUUUGUAUGUGAUUCGCGGAGACCUUACAACCGACUGACCAAUCCCAUCAGCCAUCGUAUCGAAAAUGUUGUUACCACAUUUGCUGAGGGCAGGAAGAAGGCCUGGUGGCAAUCUGAGAAUGGUGUCUCUGAUGUCAGCAUUCAGUUAGACCUAGAAGCUGAGUUUCACUUCACUCAUCUCAUCAUGACUUUCAAGACUUUCAGACCGGCAGCCAUGUUUGUGGAACGGUCAACUGAUUUUGGGCGAACCUGGCAUGUUUACAGGUAUUUUGCCUAUGACUGUGCAGGCAUCUUCCCGAAUAUUUCGCGCAGCAACCAAAGAAGGGUAGAAGAUGUGACAUGUGAAUCUCGGUAUUCUGAAAUAGAGCCAUCCACUGAGGGAGAGGUGAUAUUCAGAGUACUAGAUCCAGCAAUGCACAUCAGGGACCCAUACAGCCUUCAUAUUCAAAGUCUUCUGAAGAUCACCAACCUCAGGAUUAAUUUCACCAGACUGCACACACUGGGGGAUAAUUUACUGGAUUCCCGACAGGAGAUAAAGGAAAAGUAUUACUACGCUCUGUAUGAGCUGGUGGUGAGGGGUAACUGCUUCUGUUAUGGACAUGCCUCCGAGUGCGCUCCCAUUCAAGGCAUCUCCAAGGACAUCGAGGGCAUGGUACAUGGCAGAUGUGUUUGUAAACACAACACCAAGGGGCUUAAUUGUGAACAGUGCGAUAAUUUCUUCAAUGAAGUUCCCUGGAGACCGGCUGAAGGGCGCAGCAGUAAUGCCUGUAAAAAAUGCAACUGUAACAAUCAUUCCCGAAAGUGUCACUUUGACAUGGCAGUAUACCUGUCAACCAGAAACACGAGCGGUGGUGUCUGUGAUGACUGUCUGCAUAAUACAAUGGGGCGAAACUGUGAACUUUGCAAGCCUUUCUACUACAAAGACCCCACCAGGGAUAUUCGAGACAGCAAUGUCUGCAAAGCCUGUGAUUGUGACCCGGAUGGCUCCCUGGAUGGGGGACUCUGUGAUGGUCAGGAUGACCCAACUUCAGGGCUUAUUGCUGGACAGUGCCGCUGUAAAGACUAUGUUGAAGGACCCAGAUGUGAUAGAUGCAAGUCAGGAUUUUAUGGGCUCAGCGCAGACAUCAUCCAAGGAUGUAAAAGGUGCCAAUGUGAUCCCAGGGGCACGAUCUCUGAUGGUUCUCAUUGUGACCCCAUUAGUGGAGACUGCUUCUGCAAGCGCUUUGUAACUGGACGAAGCUGUAACCAGUGCCUGCCAGAAUAUUGGGCUCUUAGUCAUGAUCUUCAUGGAUGUCGUGCCUGUGACUGUGACAUCGGUGGCGCAUGGGAUAAUCACUGUGCAGCAGAGACGGGCCAGUGCCGCUGCCGAAACAACAUGGUGGGCAGGCAGUGCAACUUGGUCAAAUCCGGUCAUUAUCGAAUUGACUUGGACCACUACACCUAUGAGGCUGAAGCUGCUCUGCUGCGUCAGGGGUGCUCAGUAUCUGAGCGUGAGCAUCCAGUGGGUCGUCCUGCUACAUGGACUGGUCCAGGAUUUGCUCUGGUUCCUGAGGGUGGAGUUCUGGAGUUCCAGAUCAGCAAUAUUCCAUACUCUAUGGAGUAUGAGGCAAUUAUCCGGUAUGAGCCAAAGUUUCCUGAGAGAUGGCAACAGGUAAAGAUAUCCAUUAUUAGACCAGGCCCUAUUGCAUCCAGCAGUCCCUGUGGCAACACCAUUCCUUCUGAUGACUUGAUGACUACUUCUCUUCCCACUACUUCCAGACAUGCUAUUUUGCCUAAGCCAAUUUGCCUGGAACAUGGGGUCAGUUACACCAUUCGCCUCGAAUUCACCAGAUACAGCUCUCGGGAGAGGGUUCAAGGAGCCAAUAUACUGAUAGAUUCCUUGGUUCUCGUUCCACUCUAUUCAUCUCUGGAGAUGUUUAUCGGGGGAGACCCGACAUCCAUUCAUCGCAAGGAUGCUUUUGAGCGUUUCCGUUGCCAUGGCAACAGUGGCAAUGUCCUUAAGUCUCCAACCAGUGAGGUCUGCUCCAAACUGAUCACCAGCAUGUCGGCCAUUCUCCAUGAUGGUGCCCUGGCGUGCAACUGUGACCCUCAAGGAUCGUUGAGUACAGAAUGUGACCCCAACGGUGGCCAGUGUCGGUGUAAGCCCAAUGUAAUUGGACGUCGCUGUGAUCGAUGUGCUCCUGGGACUUACGGAUUUGGACCAGGCGGCUGCAAAAGCUGUGACUGUAAUCUGGAGGGCUCCAGUCAUAACUUCUGUGAUCAGUAUAAUGGACAGUGCCCUUGUCGGACUGGUGCCUAUGGACCAAAGUGCGAUCGAUGCCAACCAGGCCACUGGGGCUUCCCUAACUGCAGGAAAUGUCAAUGUAAUGGCCAUUCAGAAGAGUGUGACCAGAGGACGGGAGCUUGUCUGAACUGUCGGGAUAGCACUGCAGGAGAUAGAUGCGAGAGAUGUGCUGCUGGAUUCUUUGGCAAUCCUGUGCUAGGAUCUGGGGAUCACUGCAGACCAUGCCCUUGCCCUGAGGGUCCCAAUAGUGGGAGACACUUUGCAGUAUCCUGUCAUCAAGAACCUCGAUCACGACAGGUCAUCUGUAACUGUAACCAAGGCUAUACAGGACUGGUAAAGAGGUCAGGAGGGGCCAGGCUAACUUCUGGAUCCAAACGCUGUCCGAUUAAGCCAAUAUGCAGACAGGUCCCGUGGGCCACAAGAGGUUCUCGAUGUGAGGAGUGCGCUCCUGGUUUUUAUGGAAAUCCCUUUCAGGUUGGAGGACGGUGCCUUCCCUGCCAGUGCAACAACAACAUUGAUAUGACAGAUAUUGGGUCUUGUGACCGCCGCAGUGGACAAUGCCUCAAGUGCAAGUAUAAUACAGAAGGGAUGUUCUGUGAGCAGUGCCGGGUUGGCUACUAUGGUGACGCCAAAAGACGUAACUGUAACAAGUGUGUAUGUAAUCACCUGGGGACAGACCGCAGCCAGUGCACCUCCAGAGAUGAGUGUGUGUGUGACAGAUCAAGUGGGCAGUGCCAGUGUCUUCCUAAUGUCAAGGGCCAAAGCUGUGACCGUUGCAGUCCAAACUUUUGGAACCUGGCAAGUGGAAAGGGGUGUGUUCCCUGCAACUGUGACACCCACAACUCUUUCAGUUUAAGCUGCAAUGAGUUUACUGGAAGGUGUCAGUGCAGACCAGGAUUUGGUGGUUCUACAUGUACAGAAUGUCAAGAGAAUUAUUGGGGAAACCCAAAUGUUCAGUGCAGAGCUUGCGACUGCGACCGCCGAGGCAUUCAGUCACCACAAUGUAACCGUGCAACCGGUCACUGCACCUGUCGAAAAGGAGUAUCAGGGGUGCGAUGUGAUCAGUGUGCCCGGGGGUUUGCAGGACAGUUCCCUGACUGCCAGCCCUGUCACGAAUGCUUCGGAGAUUGGGACCGUAUUGUUCAGGACUUGGCGACCCGCAGCCGUGACUUAGUACGUCGAGCUAAGGAUAUCCAUCUGACAGGUGUAGCUGGGUCCUACAAGAAGAACUUUAAGGGCAUUGAAGAGAAACUAUCAAGAGCACGCAAAAUUGUUAAUGCCCGCAACGCCACUGUGCAGUCAGUGACCAAACUGAUGAAGAUUAUAGACGACUUGCGGAAUAAAAUUAAUGAUUCCACCGAGACCCUCACACAACUGGAGGGAGAGCUGACCAACAUUCAAGAUGAGAACUUUGAUGCCAACCAUGACCUAGCUGAACUGGAAAGGGAAUCCCGGAGCCUAAACAUGACAGCCAAGGAAAGGGCUCAUCAGCUGGAUGUACUGAAGAACUCCAACUUUUUAGGAGCGUAUGACAGUAUCCACCAGUCAUAUGCAAAGUCCAGAGCGGCCGAGCAGCUAGUAAAUGAUUCAGUGAUAAGUGUCCCCAGCCCUGUAAGUGAUUCCGCUAAAACCAGAGACAAAACGGAGCAGCUCAUUGUUCACAAACGAGACGACUUUAAUCGAAAAAAUGCAGCAAAUCGCCGAGCGCUAAAUGAUCUCAAGGCAAAAACGGACACAUUAGACCUGAAGACCAUCAAUGAGAAGGUUUGUGGGGCACCUGGAGAUGUUCCCUGCUCAGAGAGUCCCUGUGGGGGUGCUGGCUGUCGUGACGAUGAAGGCAACAGACACUGUGGAGGCCUGAGUUGUAAUGGUGCCUUUGCAACUGCUGAUAAUGCACUGGAUCGGGCCAAGCAUGCAGAAGAUGAGCUACGGAAAGCGCUAGGAGAGGUGGAUGUCCUAUUCCGAAAGGUGGCAGAGGCCAAGGCAAAUGCUGACAAAGCUAAACAGCGGGCACAGGCGACUCUUGAACGAGCCAGUCAGACCAAGGGAAGGGUAGAACAAUCCAAUAAAGAACUUCAGCUGCUCAUCCAGCAGAUCAAAGAAUUCCUAAACCAGGAGGGAGCAGACCCAGACAGCAUAGAAAUGGUUGCCAGCCGUGUCCUGGACCUUUCCAUUCCUGCAACUCCACAACAGAUCCAACGCCUUGCUGAGGAAAUCAAAGACAGAGUGAACGCCCUUUCCAAUGUAGACACCAUUUUGGACCACACGGCUGCUGAUGUCCGCAAAGCUGAGCAACUACUGAAUGAGGCCAAGCGAGCAAAGAACCGUGCUGAGAAUAUAAAGAACACAGCAGAAUCUGUGAAGAAAGCUUUGGAAGAUGCCAAAAGAGCACAGAAUGCUGCAGAGGGCGCCAUCCAAAGUGCUAAUGAUGACAUAUUAGAUACAGAGACAAAGUUAACUGCAAUCCAGUCAGAAACAUCUAAUGCUGAGAGUCGCCUCAAUGAUGCCAUGGAUCGAGUCAGCCUCCUGGAUAAACAAAUAGAUGCACUCAAAGUGAAACGAGCUGGGAACAGUCUGGCAGCAACACGAGCGGAGGAAUCAGCCAGUGCCGCCCUGGACAAAGCCAAUGAUGCAAAGAAGGUGCUGGAUGGACAGUUAGGAGAUCGAUAUAAAACAGUUCAGAAUUUUGUAGAGCACAAGGCAAAAAACAUAAAGGAUGCAAAGAAUAAAGCAGAUCAACUACGGGAUGAAGCGAAGCAGCUACUGGAGAACGCGCAAAAUAAACUACAAAGACUUCAAGAACUAGAGGUGGCAUACGAGAAGAAUGAGGUUAUCCUCCAAGAAAAAGCAAAGCAGCUUGAUGGCCUGGAAGACAAGAUGAAGACCAUUCUUGCGGACAUAAACCAUCAGAUACAGAUAUACAACACUUGUCAAUAAAGCAAAACCACACGUGAAAGAAGUAAACACAAAACACACAGACGGCUCCACAAAGUGAAGCUUCAUAUUACUCAAAGGGGUAUUAAACAAAUAGGUAGUGGAUAUACUCUGCUUUAAGAGGUGGACUGGUAAAAAACAACUUAUGUGUCUGAUAAGUGUCUGAUCACAUUGGGUCCCAGCAGUCCGACCCCCACAGCAAACAGACACUUAUCCCCUAUCCUGUGCAUAGGGAAUACAUUCAACGGGACCCAGGCUCUCUGAGAGGAGCGUGUGCUGCAGAUGGUAUUUCUAUGGAAGUGCCAGAGUUUUCUGCUUUCCUCAAAAAACAGCACCACACCUUUUCACCGUCUGUGGUUGGUAUUGCAGCUCUGUAGCUGAGCUGUAAUCCCAGACACAUAUUUCUGUUGCUACAUCAUUGUCCAGAGCUCCUUUAUAAGAGCUGCAUAAAUAGAAGCCUCACUGCCUGCUCCUCAAUAAGAUCUAAAGGUUGCAACAUUAUAUUAUUGUUAUUUGUAGGCAUGUUAUAUCUUAGUCCUAUGUUGUAUUAGUCUAAUGCCCCUUUAAAUCAACAUCCAGUGUGCUGUAUGGAGUUGUCACAAAUAUUUUACUUAUCAUAACACACAAUUUCUUUGAUGUUCAUCGCCUUGUGGUCAAUGUAUAAUAAAAAUGACCGGAGUGUUGCUGUUACAUGUGAAUUGCAAUCGUUGUAUAGAAUUUAAAAUGGAAUUUUAAGGGGCAAUUGCGGCCAUGGCUGCUUUUAGAACCUGAAAAGGGUACUCUGGUUAAAAAUACUUAUCAGCUGCUGUAUGUUACAGAGGACAGAGGUGUCAGCAGAGAGCACCGUGGUCAGACAGAAAAGAAAUUAAAAAAGAAAAGAACUUCCUCUGUAGUAUACAGCAGCUGAUAAGUACUGAAAGGAUUAAGAUUUUUUUUAAAUAGAAGUAAUUUACAAAUCUGUCUAACUUUAUGGCACCAGUUGAUUUAAAAAAAAAUUUGUUUACCACCGGAGUACCCCUUUAAAGUGUACCUCAACUUUCAUUAAACAUUUUGCCCAAAAUGUUCCUUAAAGGAGAACUCCAGCAGAAAUUAACGUAUCUCCUAUCCAAAGGAUAGGGGAUACAUAGCUGAUGGCGGGGGUCCGACCACUGGGACCCCCUGCGAUUUCUGGAACGAGACAUGACCUCACGCUCCAUUCAUUCCUAUAGAAAUGAAUGAAGCGCAUGCUGUCUACAGGUAGACGUCACGCACUGGAGAGCCAGGGUGCCGUCCUGGAGAUCUAAUCCCAUCCCCAGUGGUCAGACCCUGCGGUCAGCUACUUAUUCCCUAUCCUGUGUUUAGGGAAUAAGCACAUUUUUUGCGGUAAUUCUCCUUUAACAUGUACCUGACAAUAAAAAAUAAAAAUAUUGUGCCAUGUCUCCAGGGAUCUGAGAACAAGCCCUCCGAAAUCUGUCUAUACGUUGC